AUGGCAGAAGCGCCUGCCCACCCCCCCGUCUUGCGUCUGCCGUUCAAGCUGUCGAGGUCAGAGAAGAGAAUCAUCCUCUCGUCCAUCAACGGCAGUCUCCUGCGGUCCCACGCCGCCCUCGAGCUGGCGAGGGCCCUGACGGCGGCCGGCGGGGCCUGCCCUCCCGACCAGCGACGGGGCCGAGACGCGUACCUCGACGCCCUGGCGCACGCCAGCGAGGCGCACAGGGACGCCGUCGAGCUUCACCGCUGGCAGCAGGCGGCGCGCGCGCAGGUGUACCGUGGCCACUGUUUCCGCGGGCUCGGCGCGUGGAGGCGCGCGCACGCGUGCUACGUGCGCGGCGCGAGCGACAGGAUGGAGGAGGAAGCAGCAGCAGCAGCGGCGGCGGCUGCGGCGGUUGCGACUGCGACUGUGAGGAGGCCGGACGAGGGGACCAAGACGGUGAGCUUCAGCCCUGUUGAGGAGCACGUCCUCGACCAGGCGUCAGCGGGUGGGCUGGUCAAGAUCGCGGACGCGACACCCGGGGGUGAUGAUCCGCUCGCAGGUGAGUCGUGCUGGAUCCGAAACGCCGAGGGCCGCAUCGUUGCCUACCGCUGGGAGAAGCCACAGCUGAGGAGAGUCGAGGGGACGGCGUACCUCAAGUGGUGGGAGGAGGCGGUCAAGCCCAUUGGACUUGACGAGAACGACAUCUGGUUUACCAAGUGA